UGACGCUGUUCUCGGGCGGCCAUUUCUCUCUUCGCUCACGGGCUCGGCUCGCUGUAGCGGAUCCAGUCACGCGGGACCGGCGGCGGCGGCGGCGGCGGCGGCGCGACGGGGCGGUCGGCGGCGGGGGACCCUGUAGUAUCUGCCCGUAUUCGCGAUGAGUUUACCUCUCAAUCCCAAGCCUUUCCUCAAUGGACUAACAGGAAAGCCAGUGAUGGUGAAGCUUAAAUGGGGCAUGGAAUACAAAGGCUACCUGGUAUCUGUAGAUGGCUAUAUGAACAUGCAGCUUGCAAAUACAGAAGAAUACAUAGAUGGGGCAUUGUCUGGACAUCUGGGUGAAGUUUUAAUAAGAUGUAACAAUGUCCUUUAUAUCAGAGGUGUUGAAGAAGAAGAAGAAGAUGGGGAGAUGAGAGAAUAGCCACUUGGGGGGGUCUUUUUUAUAUAUAUAUUUCUAGACCAUAUUUUUUUCCAAUCUGACUUGUGACAAAGGUGUGUUGAAGAAAAAGAUGGGACAUGAGAGAAUGGAGCCUUUUUGUGGGGGAUUUUUUUUUAUAUAUAUAUUUCUAGACAAUAAAAAUUUGUCAACGUGAA